AUGUUCAAAUUCGCCGUUGUCAUCUUCGCUGUCAUUGCCUGUGCUGCCGCCAAGCCCGGUUUGGUUACUCCUUUGGCAUACACCGCACCCGCUGCUGUUGUUGCUGCUGCCCCAGCUCCAUUUGUUACUGCCACUAGUAGCCAAUAUGUUGCCCGUAACUACAAUGGUAUUGCCACUGCUCCAGUUGUUGCUCCCGUUGCUGCCCCUGUUGUUGCUAAGACUUUCGCCGCCCCUGUCGUUGCCAAGACUUUCGCCGCUCCAGUAGCUGCUGCUUCCACCACCCCUGUAGCUGCUGCUUACUCUACCCCUGUUGUUGCCAAAUACGCAGCCACCUAUGCUGCCCCUUUCGCUUACUCCGCACCCUUGUCUUAUGCUGCUCCAGUUUUGUUCUAA